AUGUCGCGAGAACUUCCCAAGAAGACCAACCCACUCAUCUUGAGUGAUGCUACACCGGCCUAUGAAGAGCUUCUUGCGCGCCGCCGUCUUGGCAAGACCAACCUCUCUGUCAAGCCUGGCCAGAUUGGCACCUCGAAUGCGACCAAGAUCGAGAAUCUGGGCUUGUUUGAGUAUGCUCACCUUCGGGCCCCUCUGCCCAAGGAUUUGAAGGGCUCGGAGAUCUUCCCUUCACACAACUCUCAACAGCACCCGGAGACUUACUUUUUGAUGCGAAGGAGCAAAGAUGGAUUCGUUAGUGCCACUGGCAUGUUCAAGAUUGCCUUCCCAUGGGCCAAGGCCGAAGAGGAGCGUAUUGAACGGGAAUAUCUGAAGAAACGCGAGCACACCAGCCAGGAAGAAGUUGCUGGCAAUGUGUGGAUCGCCCCAUUGUUUGCUCUUGAACUUUCCAAAGAGUACCGAAUGUACGACUGGGUCCGUGCCUUGCUAGACUCCACCGAUAUUGCACAGAGUCCGUCUAGUGCGAAGAAGCACAUCACCCCGCCACCCAAGUUUGAACUGCCUGAUUCGGAUGAACUCUCUCUGGCUCAGCGCCGCAGCCGCCGCUCGGUCUCUCCUACUAAGAGAUCUACUACUUCCCCCCGUAAGGCUCGGACAGCCCGCUCUACAAAGGAGGCCCCUAGCACUCCCUCUACGUCUGCUGCCAAUGAUAGCCUGCAAAAGGCCCUGGAAGUCACAGCCGAAACUGAAUUGGAUUUAGCAAACGGGAUUUUGGAGAGCGUGGAAGACUUUGGACUCAAGACCGGCGGCUCCCCAGAGAAGAAGAAGAAGUCGAGUACGAUGAGGCACAGGAAGGUCGCCGCCGAGACCAUUACUGAGGCCGACGAGGAGAACGAAGAGGAGAACGACGAGACCAAGAAGCAGGAGGAUGAAAAGAAGGUCAAGGAGGAGAAGAAGGAAGAGAAGAAGGCAGAGAAGAAAAAGAAGAAGGAUGUCAAGGAGUCCAAAAUUGAGGCCGAGACCGAGACUGUCAAGGCCUCCGCUACAGAAACCGCUGAACCCACCCAGGCCACACUCUCCGUUGACCUGCCCAUUCUUCUCCCUGAAGUGCCGUCCGCCAAGGAAACGGAGGAGAUGAUUGCCAUGGCCAAGGAGAUGGUGGAGGAUGCCAUCAAGACCCAAACCUCCGAAGGCACAGUUACAGGAUCACCAUCCGUCAAGGUCACCAAGAAGCGCAAGCCUGAGGAUGACGAUGAAGAGACAGCGGCUGAGGCUAGCCAGAGAGCAAAGAAGGCCAAGGUUCUGGAGGAGAAGCUCAAGCGCGAACGGGUUCGGAACCGUGCUCUCUUUGGUGUUUCCGCUGCCUUUGCACUCGCUGCUUCAAUUCCUUACUUCUUCUAA